GGUCGAGCCUGGCCAUGAGCUUUCUCUCUUUGGUAUUCUCGAUAAUCCUCUUUUUGUUGCUGGGCUCCUUUGGCUGUUCCUCGUCGCUUUCGAUGCUGCUUUUGGUAGCCUCCUCUUCGGCGAUGGCUGGUUCCUCCUUCCUCUUAGGUGGCUUUGCUGGGGUUUUCUUCUUCGAGGAUGGGCGGGGUAUCUGCUCCACCUCUUGCUCCUGUUGCGGGGUCGGCAGUGACAGUGGCGCUUGACUCGCCCUUAUUGCUUCUAGUAGUUUGUCGAUCCUUGCGUCCAUCUUCUCUUCCAUCUUCUGUAGUAGCCUUUCGUUCUUUUCGUUGAUCAUGUCGUAUAUUUCUCGCCUUGUCACGGGCGGUUCUCCGGUGUUAUGGUGUUGGCAUGGUGGCUGCUGCUUGCUGCGGGGCGUUUCUUUCGACUUGUUUCCCUUAACUGCAGCCAACCACUUAAGCUUCCCGUCUUCCUGCUGCGACGGCGGCAGGUGUUUUUGCUGGCUCUUGUGUCUUUCGCGGCUGUCGGUGCGCCGUUGGCUUUCGCUGCACUCGCUUUCCUCCCUGCUCGGCAGCUGUGGAAAGUCCGAUGACGUCAUUGGUGGUCUUGUCUUCUGGAGCUGUUGCUGUUCGCGUUCCUCUCGGCGCUCCCAUUGUCUUUUCGUGACGACGAAGGGGACCUUGAACUUGUUCUUGCAAAUUCUAUCUGCCGUCGGAUGCGCUCCUCCACAUAGCUUGCAACUUGGCUUGCAUGCCUUCUCGUGGUCCGCGUCGGGGUUGGCCUCCCCGCACGCGAAGCAUACUCUGGUCUCCGGGGUUGGACAUACGUCGAUGCGGUGUCCGACUUUUCCGCAACAUCUACACACUUCAUGAUGUUUCCUGUAAAGCCCGCACUUGAGCAGUGCCGCUCGGUAUAUUACGUACCGGGGCACUCUCUGUCCUUCAAAGAGGACGAUGACCGCUGUAGAAUUUCCAAUCCUGU